AUGUCAAGAGACUCAAGUAACAGAACAAGUGGUGGGAAAGGAAAUAUCAACAUGUUUAUUGAGCGUGAUAAAAAAAUAUGUGCUGCUGGUCUACCAUAUUUAGACGAUGCGUCAAUUCCUAAUAUUCUUCCAUGCUAUCAGCUUCAAGAUCACGCUGAUGCUCUGUUACAUGACACUAUUAGACCUGAAAGGUCCUAUGGUCCACGACAAAUGUUAAAUUACCGUGAUAUGCGAAAUGCUGGAAUGUUCACUGAAUCAGCGGAUCUAAUUAAUCCACCUAUGAAAACUAAACAUCAAACGUUGGUUGACGACUUUAAAAAUACACAAUGCCACUCAUACUGGAAAAAAGAAGUAGGAAAAGUGCCAGAUCCGAAAGGAAAUCUACCUGAAGGCAUAAAUAUAUAUGGGACAACAAUGGGACAUAAGUAUCCGCCAACCCUAAGUGCUUACGAGGUAAUAUUUCCCACACAAUCUAUAGAAGAUCAAGUCCCACGUUCAAAGAGAUGUGGACUUCAAACUCAACGUAAUUACUGCUCAUUUAACGCGAAUCAAACUUUCGGAAAGAAAACAAAUAUAGAUUCAUCGAGCAAACGAAUGAAAUGUUGUUUAACAGAUGAUAGAAUAUAUGUAGGAAAUAAUUUAAGAACACCGAUGCAUUUUCUGCAAGCUAGGUUUAAUUAUAAAAAUGCUGCAAGGAUAGGAGAAACUCAAGAACCAAAUAAUAAUAUUGGUUGUGUACCAGAAGGGUUUGCGUUUGGCAAAGUUGACUCUUUAGACGGAAUCGGAGUGCCCGAAUGCCUGACAGUGGAACUGAAUCCGGACCGAAAAUUCUUCAAAGAAUGCCUAGCGCAUCUGAAUACUCUGCGAAAGUGCAUGUCUAAGCGCUUCGAUGGAGCGUUUUUCCCGAAAUUUUAUUUGGAAAUAAAAUAUUUGGAUGCUCAAAAAACAGGAUGGUUGCCAAAGGAUAUCAUCUAUAACACAUGUAAAUCAAAAUAUAUAAGAUUUAACGAGAAACUUCUUGAACCAUUAAUGUCUAUAUGGAAUAUAUUAGAUGAAUCAAGAAUAGAAUAUAAAAAGUUCAUUCAUAUGCUGAAUUAUAGAGAGCCUGUACUCGAGCUUCCAAAAAUUAGCGAUAUCCCUGAAGAAAGAAUCGAUUAUCGCACGACCUAUUCUGAAAUGUGUAAAGAAAAUGUAGAAAACACACAAAAAUAUAUGGCUGGUGUACCAUCUGGUAGGUAUUUCGACAAGGACUACCCAAUAACGCCUGACGGGUUAUGCAGAGCCGACCGUGUGAAUCUCCCUCAAGAAUCUGAUGCCAAGUCCUGUUUAUCUCCAAGUAUCUUGACAUUGUAUGGAGUGAGCCAUCGUGAUAUGUUCGCAAAAAGAGACGCGAAAACCAUAAGGAGGGUAUUUGAAAAUAUUGGUGAAGAAUUUACUGACGAAUCAUUUGACUCUAUAUGGAACAAAGCCCAGGAAUAUCACUCUCAAGGUUGGGUUUCCUACGAAACCUUCCGUCGUGCCUUAGCUGAUAAAAGUAGUUAA